GGGUGGCUCUGGCAGCACCCCUGCCCUCCGCGGGCACGGCGCUGACAGCCGAGCCGAGCCGAGCCGAGCCGAGCCGCGGCGCGCUGACGUCAGUGGCCUGCUCGGGCGGAAGACCUGUUGCUGGAGUUGGGCUGAAACUUUCGCUCGGCUUCUCGGUGUGAAGGAAUGCGACGUGCCGAGAGUAGCAGGGAGAGCUGCGCCGAGCCGGAGCGGGCCGCAGAAAAUUAAAGAUGGCUGCCCAAGUACUUGAGCAAUCCAGUGGGACCGGCAUGUUUUCCCACUCCAAUAUGGGGAUUUCUUCCAAUGAGGAAAUAUGUGGCCUUAAUUAUCUCUCCAAGAAUGACUUGACAGCAGCACCACAGCUGGUUAUGUUAGCAAAUGUUGCCUUAACUGGUGACAUAAGUUGUUAUGAUUACCAGGGCGAAGAUAGACUGAUGGCAGAAUUGAAAACAGUUGAUGACAAUUUAUCAGACAAUGAGGAAGAAUUGAGGACUGGUGUGAAUGAUACAUUGCAAUCAGAAAAUAUAAAUAAUGAAAAUCAAAGUGUGCCAAAUGUUGUAACAAAGGGUGGUUCUGAGACUUCAUCUCAGGACUUGAGCACAGAUUCAGCAGAAGUAGUGAAUCAGGAGAACUUGACAGACAAAGGAAAGAAGUCCAAACCAUUUCGUUGUCGACCCUGCGACUAUGAAGCGGAAUCUGAGGUGGAGUUUGUGCAUCACAUCAAAGUACACAGUGCCAAAAAGUUCAUUGUUGAAGAAACUGCAGAAAAGCAAAGUAAAUCCAAAGUUGCAGAUCCUCUUCCAGAGGAGGCAGAUAUUUUGAAAGGCCCCAUUCGCUGUGAUAGGUGCGGCUACAACACAAACCGCUACGAUCAUUAUCUGGCCCAUUUAAAACAUCAUGACAAAGUUGGAGAAAAUGAGAAAGUUUAUAAGUGCACCAUCUGUACAUACACUACUGUCAGUGAAUAUCACUGGAAGAAGCAUUUGCGGAACCACUUCCCUCAAAAGGUUUAUACUUGUUCACAAUGUUCUUAUUUCUCUGACAGAAAGAACAAUUAUGUGCAACAUAUGCGAACACACACAGGUGAACGGCCUUACAAAUGCCCACAAUGUCCUUACUCCAGUUCUCAGAAAACUCAUCUGACCAGGCACAUGCGUACACAUUCAGGUUGGUAUAAUAAAUGUGAGAAGCCUUUUAAAUGUGAUCAGUGCAACUACGUAGCAUCAAACCAGCACGAGGUGACUCGACAUGCUAGGCAAGUUCACAAUGGACCCAAACCAUUAACGUGUCCUCACUGUGAAUACAGAACAGCUGACCGCAGCAACUUCAAAAAGCAUGUCGAGUUGCAUGUGAACCCACGCCAGUUUCUGUGUCCUGUUUGCAAAUAUGCAGCUUCCAAGAAAUGUAACUUGCAGUAUCACAUUAAGUCCAAGCAUCCACAUUGCAGUGACAUUACAAUGGAUGUGUCAAAGGUGAAAUUGCGUACCAAGCGACUUGAACUGGAUGCUCCUCUUGCUAAGAUGGGCAAGAAAAUGCCAGACAAAUUGCACCUGAAAAGAUCUGAGAAUCUGGAUAAGAAGACCACUGGUAAGGCAGAGAAAACUACAGCUGUAGCAAAGGAGUACAGUUUGGACACCAGCUCAAAGGUGAAGACCCGAAAUCAUAAAGUUUUCAGUCACAAGCACCUAUCAAGAAAAAGAGAUAAUGAUACAGGGAAAGCAAGGAAAAUCAAGGGAACUAAACGGAGGAGAAGCUUAACAGUAGAGGGAUUUUUGCAACAAGAACCUGUAAAUGAAGCACCUAGUGAAGCAAAAAGGAGAAAAAUAGAGAAAGCUAAAGAAUUGAAUGAAUUUGAAGCAAGGAGAAGUAGAAUCAAAUUAGACAAGACCUCACACAGGAAAAAUCUUAAAUCCAAACGAGUUAAGAAGAAAAACAAAAAAUAUAUAAAAACUGGUGAGCAUUCUACUGGUUGUGGUUCAGAUAAGUGUAAGAAACCUGAUCAGCCUGAGCAACAAUUAAUUGUGUCUAAAAAGAAAAAAAAUUCUUCCAGAAAUUCUUCAUGCAGUAAUCCUUCUGUUGAAGGUACACACAAAAAAGAAUCUCAGAAUUUGGAACCACUCGGGGACAAAGCAAUGAAUAAAACUCCAGUUUGUAUUGUUACUGAACAAAAUGAAAAUGCUUUGAAUGUGCAUUCUGCAGAAAAUGCCAGCAAAAUUGUUCAGAAAAUUGCAAGUAAGUCCCAAACUACAUUUGACCACUUAACUCAUCCUAAAUUGGAGGAACCAAUGUUGACUGAGACAUUGACAGUGGAGGAAACUUCCAUAGCUUCCACAGAAAAUGGUGGGGCAUUAAUUAGUAGUUCUGGACAAGUGGAAUGUGCUGCGCACACAUCUAAGACCUGCAAUUAUUUGAAUAACUCAGAACCAAAAGGAAUGAAUGCAGAAAAUAACUUGAUUUCUGAUGCUGAUCAAGAAAAGGAUGCUCAGGUGAUCAACAUUGAGCUUGCUUUUGAAAUUUGCAAUUCAAACAAUUCAAAUGAUGACCAAGAUGGCAUGGCGUACCAGGAUGAGGGCCACAAUGGCAUGGAUGAUCAGAUGAAAGUUGAAGAUAAAACAAAUAAGCAUACAUUAGACAUCCAGGAUGAUCAGAAAAGGUUGCAGGAUGAUGAGAGCAAGGCUCCAGAUGCAUUGGAUGACCAAAAUAAUCAUCAGGAUUGUACACACAAGAUCCAGAGUGGUCAGCAAAACCAAGACCAGCUCCAGGAUGAUGGUGAUGAGGAUGUGAAAAACAAGCAAGAACAGAACAAGAAACAGAAGAAGGAUGUGAUGAUGGAAAUAGAUGAAGAUGAAGGCAUUCAUAGCCAUGAAGGAAGUGAAACCAGUGAAGAUUCAGAAGGGAGUGAUGACUCUGGUCUGAAUGGAGCAAAGCCUACUCCUGAUGAUAAAAUUAACAAAAGGAUACCAGAAGAUGUGAAUGAUGUUCCAGGAAAUUUUGUUUGCAUAUUCUGUGAUCGUAUAUUUGGCGUGAAAGGAGAGUUUACUAAGCACCUUAAUCGCCACCUAGUAAAUGUAUACUAUCUUGAGGAAGCAGCAAAAAACCAGGGAUAAAACCAGUCCUAAGAUUUGGCAAGUUUGCUGUAGAAUAUUAAUCAUAGUUAUUACAAAAUGCUUAAAUCACUCUGAGGUGAUUUAGAUUUGUUUUUUUUAAACGUUUCUCUGUAUUUUUCAUUGCUAACUGCAUGUAGUUUCUGCUUUUUUUUUCAAGUUUCUUGCUCAUAAUUCAAAGAUAGUAGAAACACAUUCAUCUUCAAUAGCUAAGUUUGUUAAUUGUGCUUUGUACCUGUUAAUCAACCACUGAUUUUGAUUUUUCAUUGCACUAUUCGUACUCAUUGUAUCAUUUAAUCUAGUUCUGUUGUGUCCCUUUGUAAAUACUUGGUAACACUGGGCAUCAAGAUUUAUUUUUCUGCUUUUACAUGAUCUGGGAUUUAAGCUGACCUACAAUACUUGCUGUAGCUGUUUAUAGUUCUAAAACUCAAGGUAGUGGUUUACUGAAGAAAUCAGACUGUUGAGUGUUUGAUUUGGGUGCUUCUCUGGUAAUGCUAAAAGAAUGCCUUUUUGCCGAGCAUUCUUGCAUUUCAAGGGAAUUUGAUGCAUUUGUGUGCAAUUUGGAUUUAAACCUUGAUGCACAAUGCAUGGAAUUGGUCUGUUUCAUAAAUAUGCAGUUUAGGCACUGUUUCAUUAAAAUUAGCUACUGUCUUUAUAAAUAAUUUACUUAAAUUGACAGCACAGUUUUUUCUGAUUAUAUGUUAAAACUAUCCUCCAUUUUAUUCAAAUCACAGGAGAGAGCACUUUGCAAGAUGAUACCAGAUCUCAUGUAACCAAUGCCAUAAUACUUAUUUAGGUUUCUGUAGAAAACAGUUCUUGGUAGCUUCACAAAAAAAAUGAUCCAAUAUGGUGCUUAAACAGCUUAUAAAAUUGCACGAAAUAAGUAAUCAACUAUGCAAUAUAAUUAGUGUUAGUUUAUUGGUAGAAAUGUUUUUCUGUAUCAUGUAUUUAUAUUUGUGUGUUUAACCAACAGUUUGGGACUUGACCAUUAACCAAGCCACUAACUGAUUGAGAGUGCUGCCUGGUAAAUGCGAAGUAUCUCCUAUUUAUAUUUGACAGUAAUGUGGUUUUCAAAAGGUGUCAAGCAUCCCAAAUAAGUGGAGGUGUAAAAAUCCCUGUCUUGUUUCCUUUUCAGUUAGAGUGGUCACUUGAAUACAGUCUUGCUGCAUUCUGUGCAGAAUUUCCUGAGAGCAUCUGUAAAUUGGUUUAUAAAUGGAUCUGAUUUGAUCCCAAUUUGAGUAAUUUGUUUCUAAGUAGUGCACCUCUAUAAUGGUGAGAACUUGUUGCAGUCUUGGAUCUGCACUAAAAUGCUGCCUUCCAGACACAGAAAGAGCAUUGCAUGAACUUAUAAUUAUUAGAAUGCAACGCUGAAAGAUUUUAUCACCUCUGAUAGACCUAGAUAGUGUGUUGGUAUGGCCAAAGAAUAUAAAGAACUGUGAUUUCCAUUUGUGCUUUCUUUUCUCCCAAAUUAAUAUGUUGUGUUCAGUAUGUUUGAAGUAGCCACUUUGAAGAAUAUAAAAAAAAUAAUUUAAAUACUGAAUAGCGUUUUUUGCUUUGACAAUCACGUUGGAAAAGUCAUGUAUAUCUGUGAUCAAAUUAAAACCUAUUUAUAUGGAUUUUUAACUGCAAUCUGCUUAUUUUAUGGUUUGCAGUACUCUUACACGAACUUUGCAGUCAUCAUGUUAAAUUGUAGUAUACAAUUACAGUUAAAAAUCUGUAAUAAUAGAGCUUGAAUAAUGAAUGCUGUAAGAGGUCUGGAAAUGUGAAAAAUGCUUGGACUCUUUAGAUCUAGAAUAUUUUAGUGCAUGGCUUAGUGUACUCCUCUUGAUGUUAAAAUGCUUAAUGGUUAUUCCAGAUUCCCAACGAUAACUGCAAUAAGUAGUUAGUACACAUUAAAUAGCAAAGCAUUUUUAAUUUGAUUUAAAAAAGCUCAGACUUUGCUGAGUGGCAGAGGAUUUGUGUCCUGCUUCUUCAGAUCUUGCCUGUCUCCUGAAAGGACCUGGAUUAGUUAGCUUGUGAGUUCUGAUUUACUUUCUCCUACUUUGAACAUUCUUCUCUGCACAAUAAUCGCACAGCAGGUGGAAGAAAGAAUUCAGUCCUAAACCAGGCUGCUUCUCCAAGGUUUGGCAUGCACUCUGGUAUUCAGAUCAUCAACUAAGAAGGUGCAGACCUUUUACAACAUGAGUAUAGGUACUUUGGGUUGUCUGUGUGCAGCAAAUACUGGAAAAUCAUUUGGGGUGAGACGUUACAGCUUGGGGCAUUAAGAGUUCGGCUUUCAAUUCCUGUGCUGACUGUUCUACCCAUGUCCACGUGUGUUUCCUCUGGGUGCUCCAGUUUCCUCCCUCAGUCCAAAGAUGUACCAGUUAGUAGGUUAAUAGGUCAUUGUGAACUGUCCUGUAUAGUACUUACACUAGUGUUAAAUUGGUUGGUUGCUAUGCAGCACAGCUCGUUGGGCUGGAAGGGCUUGUUUGACACUGUAUUUCUAAAUAAAUAUAACCCCCCCCCCCAUUCCAAGUAACAUCCUGACAAAUUUCUUCUAGACCCUUUUGCUACCAUGUCCAACCUCUAGUGUUGCAACUAGAAUUGUGCACAACAUUCCAAGUGAGACUUGACCCCAAAGAUUUGUACAGCUACAACAUCAUAUCCCAACUGUUAUACCCAUUGCCUCAGUCUAUGAAAUUAAGCAUGGAAAAUACCUUCUUUGCAUUUGGGUUCUGUACUGCAAUAGCACACUGACUUCCAGAAGUUUACAAGAAGGGAAGCUCCAAUAAGAAUUCUGAUUCCUCAAAUACUUACCUUCAUUGCGAACUGUAAAAAAAAGUAUUGAUUGAAAUGGAAUAUUUUGUACACCUAACCUUAUUGCACUUUUGGUUCAAUCUUUUAUAAUCUGUAAA